AUGGGAGAGACGAGAAAGGUCGAGCACCGCCCUAUACAGACCAGUGCUGUCAUUGUUCUCAACGGCUCACAGCGCCCAAUCACCCGGCCUCCGUCACCGCCGACUCCGUCCGUGAUUCCCGCCGAUAGCACGGUACCAUGCCAGGAACCACCCGAGGCUUUUCAGCUAGCAGGACAGCACAACCAAUAUAGACCAAAUACACCAUAUACAGCAUCACAGAGCCCUCAGAAUUCAGGACAAUAUGUGCCGCCAGAAGACGAGCGGAAAAAGGAGGUGCGCUUGCGCGACGGCCUGCAUGUGAUGAACACAGAAGCGCUCGCGCUCGCCAACCUAGCGCAGCUGUACGAGACGGACGCAUUUGCACGGAACGGAUUUCACAAGGCCGUGGAAGCCAUCACGCGGCAAGCUGUGACCAAGAGCAAGCUGGUCAUUAUCGGCGUCGGCAAGUCGGGCCUGAUUGGCAAGAAGCUCGUCGCGACGUUUCAGAGCCUGGCCGUCCGCACCGUCUUUCUGCACCCGACCGAGGCCCUCCACGGCGACCUGGGCAUCGUCGGCCCCGACGACACGCUCCUCUUCAUCACCUACUCGGGCUCGACGCAGGAGCUGCUGGCCGUGCUCCCGCACCUGGACGAAUCGCUGCCGACGAUCCUCAUGACAUCGCACACGCGGCCCGAUGCGUGCGAGUUCAUCAAGCGCCGGCCCGGCACCAUUCUCCUGCCGGCGCCCGUCCACGAGCCGGAGCGGACGUCGUUCGGGGUGUCCGCGCCGACGACGUCCACCACGGCCGCCCUCGCCCUCGGUGACGCGCUGGCCAUGACGGCCGCGCACGAGCUGCACCCCGACCUCGCCGGCGCCUUUGCCAAGAACCACCCCGGCGGCGCCAUCGGCGUCGCAGCGGCAGCAGCGUCGGCGUCGGCCAAAAAGGUCUUUGUCCGCCCGCCGCAGGCCGUCACCCUCCGCCAGAUUGCCGUCGGCUGGGACAACGUCCAUGACGCCAGCCACCUGCGCGCCGAAAGCCCGGCGGCAAGCCUGCUCCGCGCCGGCUAUGCCUCCAAGUACGGCUGGGUGCGCGUCGGCGAGGAUGUGGCCUGCCCGAGCCAGCUGCGCGGCCUGCGCGAGGACCAACUCCUGCAGCCGCUCGGCGUCCUGCGCGGCGGCGGCUUGCUGGUGUCGUGCCACGACCUGCUGGCCAUGUCGGCCGAGACGACGGUGCGGCAGGCGCGCGAUAUUCUGCGCGGGACGACCCGCAGCGACAGCGAUGACGAGGGCGGCGUCGCUGGAGAUGUGGUCGUGGCUAGCAGCAGCAACCUCGCAGGGCUGGGUGACGACAGCCCGCCCGGCGCGUCGGUGAUUGCGGUGACGGAGAACGGGCGCAUCUGCGGUGUGCUCGAAGUGGCACAGGUGCUGGAACACCAGGAGUAG